AUGCACGCCGAUGACAUCCUCGAUGAGGGUGACCUGGAGAGGGUGGAGGAGGAGAAGGCCUUGGGAGAGGACGAUGUCCGAGACCGGAAAUUGGAGCUGAAAGAGAUCGAGGAGCUGCUGCUGGACUUGAACCACUUGUCACAGGCUCAGAAGAAGCGGAAGAAGCUGGAAAUCGAGAAAGACCUCAAGAAGAUCGAGAAGCUUCCGGAAGAGGAGAAAGAAGCCAUGCUCAAGGAGCGUGAGAAGACGGCGCGGAUCAAUCUUGCCAAGAAGAUCGCGCGCCAGCGCAUGAAGGACUCAGCGGGCCUGAGAGAGGUGCCUCAUCAGUUCGAGGACGAGGCCCAGUACAUCAGCAGCUUUUCACCGCUGUAUUUCCGCGAGGCGCAGGCGCAGAUCCAGCGCUGCAAGGACUCCGAAAUGGCCAAGACGACCGAACAGGUGUCCUUUCACGCCCUCCGCCUCGACCCGCCCUUCGUGAAGCUUGAGCUCACCCGCAGCAAAGAGGCCUGCGGCGUCGCGCUGUACAGCAUUCACGACCUUGUCCUUCUGACGCAGGGCCAGGAUCUAACUCAGCCGCACGACACGCACCUUCUGGGCCUCGUGGACCAUAGCGUCAGUCAGGUCGUGCACGUCACGGUUUUCGUGGACAUGGCAGACACGACGCCGGGCUCGCGGAUGAAGGAAGCCGCCAAUCUGAUUGCACAGAGGGCGAACUGGUACCUGGCGAAGGUCACUUCCUUCUCCACACUGAUCCGCGAGUAUGAAGGUCUCAAGGCAAUGCCCGAGAUCUUCCUCAAGGACACCAUCUUGAACCGCGAGGAGCUCGCGGACGGAGGCGACACAGGCUUCGAGAUGCAGGCAGCAUCGGCCCUGGAGGUUGGCGCAGAGCCAGCCUUGCCAAAGAGCGAGGAGACGCUGCACUUGCCCGAGGCCAUCGAGAGCUGGCUUCAACAGAGGUACAACACCUCGCAGCAGAAUGCCAUUCACGACUCAAAGAAGGUCUCUGGCAUUACCUUGGUCCAGGGACCGCCUGGAACCGGCAAGACGACCACGGUCUUAGGCAUCCUCUCCGUGUUAUUGUCUGCCACAGCCACGCAGGCGCAGGCGGUCUCCUACUCAAGGAUAGCGUCUGGUCAGCAGAAGGCGAGUGGGGAUGACGGAGACGACUCGGCUUCGGAGGACGAGGGUGAAGUUGAGCAGCGCCAGCUGGAGCGUGUUCGGCUGCUGCAGGCCCGCGCCCCUUGGCUUCGAGCCAGCUAUGUUCCCUUCAGCGACGAGAGCUGGCAAGAGGUGUCGCGGCCCGGCAGCGAGGUGCAGCGCUUGCCCUUCCCAAAGGUGAAGGAGGCGAGCAUCAAGAACAUGUCGGAGAUCCGCCACAACAUUGCCCCGCAGAAGGUCUUGGUUUGCGGGCCUUCGAACGCCUCUAUCGACGAGGUGAUGCGGCGCAUCGUCAAGGACGGCUGUGUCAAUGAAGUGGGUGAGCGGUACCAGCCACCCAUGAUCAGGAUGGGCCCCAACGCACAUCCGGAUCUGCAGGACUUUUCCCUCCGAACCUUGGUCGAGAAGCGGAUGCAAGCGGGAUGUGACACGCCGGACUUUCAGAAGAAGGAGUCCGAGCGGACACGCCUGCUCAAGAACUCUCGGCUGAUCUGCGCUACACUGAGCAUCUCCGGGCACCGGGACAUGGUGGGCUUCCCCGAGGACUUCGACACCGUGGUCAUCGAUGAGGCCUCUCAGGGCGUCGAGGUCUCGACGCUUGUGCCGUUGAAGCUGGGAUGCAGGCGGCUGAUUCUCGUGGGCGAUCCGGAGCAGCUGCCCGCCACCUGCUUCUCCGAGAUUGCCAAGGCCCACCACUACGACCGCAGCCUUUUCCAGCGGCUUCAGCAAACGCAGUACAAGGUGAACAUGCUGAAUACCCAGUACCGCAUGCACCCGGACAUCAGCAAGUUCCCGUCUGCCAACUUCUACGAAGGAAAUCUGCUGAACUUCCGCGACAAGGAG